AUGAGUUCAUCAUCAUCAACACCAAACAGUAACAAUACUAAUAGUUAUAGAGGAGGUGGAAGAGGUGGCGGAGGCUCCAGAGGAGGCUCCAGAGGAGGUGGAAGAGGUGGAGGAAGAGGAGGUUACCACAAAAAUUCAUCAUCCAAUAAUAAUGACUCCAGACCCACUCACUUCUUUGCUGUGAAAAUUAACUCGACAUCUAUUUUGGAUGAUCUCAUGAAUUGGCAAGCCUCAGCAUUACUUGAACACAAGAAUAGAGUGCAAACAUCAACACAACAGUUUGAUUUGGAAGAUUAUCUCAUUGAACGUGAAAAGAUGCAUUUCACCAUGUUUGUCCUGACCCUUGAUACACAGGAUGAUCUGAAUAAUUGCAUUCAAAUAUUUAAAAGUUGUCAAGAGGAAUUGAAGAAGAUUAUGCAAACUAAUUUGGAACAAUUACCUUUCACUUUCAAGUUGUCUGGAGUACAUACCUUUGAGGAUAAAGAAUUCAAGAAGGGAAGAGUGAUUUUUUCAGAGCCAGCUUUCACUCAUCAGAAUGGGCAGAAAACCUUUUUGGAUUUAUCGAAUUGUAUUUAUCAAAAACUCAAGGAAAAUCACAUCAAAGUUGACGCUUCGAUCAAUACUCAAAUCCACUGUACAUUAGCAAAGACAAGCAAGUCGAAAAAGAAAAAUUCACCAAAAGCCUUCCCAGAAUAUUUGUAUCGUCACAAAUGUGACACUGUGUUUGGAGAGACAGACACCGAUCAAGGCAUUGAGACAAUAGGAGAAAUUUUGUUGUGUCGAAUGAAAGGACCAAAUGGUAGUGAUGGAUUCUAUCAUGUUGAAGAGAGAGUAUCUUUGAUUUAA